CCGUAUACGCAGGCACAGAUUGCAGAACCUCGUAUAAGCAGGGUGCACCAGAGUGCGGGCGGAGGUGACCCGACUCAUCCUGUCUUCCCGCCGGGUGCUUGCAAGCAAGUCGUCCCGAAGUGCACGACGGUCGCACCUUGUGUGUAUAUAAAAGUCGCACUGACUGGGCACGAUGACUACCGCGGCGGCGUCGACGUCUGAGUUGCCGUCUACUUCAUCGAAACUGGAUAAAUCCGAUAAAGCUACGACGACGCCAAAACCCGCCAAGUCGUCGAUGGAAACGGUGUCGCCCAGCAGCAAGGUGUUCCAUUAUGGCAUAGAGGAAGUACCCUUCCAGCAGGAACUAAAGUCCAUCAUUGAAGAGAUUCGUUUUGGUGUGACCGACGUAGGGAUGUCCACACUUCCGUCAGAUGAACUGGCCAGCUACUUCAACUUGCAGACAAAAGAGGACAAGCGGAUUUGCAUCAUGAUGUCACGGCAAGGGUUCCAAGUCGUCGGCAAUGACUACAACCUUCGGGACAUUGAAGAUGGACAGUGUUUCGAGACUGUCGAUGCUCUUCUAGACUCUCUGAGCCCCACUUACCGUCGGCUCUUCAAUGAAGCGUUGACAAAAAGACUGCAGGAUUUGCAGAAGGACGAUCAGAGCAUUGAUGAAAUGUCAACAGGAAGCACUGACAAAUAAGUUGUUGCCACGAGACAUGUUUUUCAGCACUUAUGAGACAUGCUUUUUAGCAUUUACCUGUGCCAACUGAACCACUUUGAUGUUUAACGACAGAACACUACAACUUUGGUGCUGUGUUGCAAGUGGUGCAUUUGUGCCAAUGAGUGUUUUAAGUACAUGUAUUCUAGUCAUAAGUUCAGGCUUCUGAAUCUCACCAACGUAUAUAUUUUUGGACACUGCUUGAUACAUUCCGGGCAGUAGAAAUGUAAAGUACAGCACAAUUUUGCUGGCUUGUGGUGGUAAUAACUGUGUAGGGCUUAUUUUGUAAAUCCCAGAUACUACUGCAUGAUAUCAUUCUGGGUUUGGAUGCCUAUUGGCCUUGUGUGCAGCUACAUAAAGUAUGCAAAAUAAUCUUGGUGGUAAAAAAGCACUCAUUAUUCUGAUGCUAGCAUUUCCUAUUUGAUAUGCUUGCUUGUCCACAUAAAUUGGCAAUCUGCAGAUGUUUGAUGGAACAGUUAUCCUUGAAGCCAUUCAAGCACCAAGAAUAGUCUUCCAAUUUUUUUUUCCUGAAAUAAACAUUGAAUAACACAGAACUCUUCAUGCAGGGAACAUGUACGCACAACAUUUAUUGACACUUAAAAUCUCUCAAUAUAUGUAUAUAUAAUAUUUAUAUAUUUAUAUAUAAUAUUUAUAUGCGAGUUUUGUGAAACAAACCCUGAGGAUCUUAUCCUUUCUCCAAACUUUGUACAGAGAAGUGAUGAACACAUGAACAUGUUAAAUGAAGUGGAAUAUCUUGCCUUGCACUUGUGUGUGUGUUCUAGCCUGCAGAAACUGCAUGCCGCUGUGCUUGUGCAAGAAGAUAACAAACCAGGAACACCGGUCUUGCUCAUCUAUCGUUCUUCUCGAGAAUUGUGUGUUCACGACAAUGAAUUCGAGGAGACAUGUCGAAGGUGUUAACCAGACAACCUCACAUUGCAGAAGCCUAGAAAUGCUGCAAACUACUACACAUGAAAAUAUAAUUGGUGCUCCCAUAAAUGCACUGUACACAGCAAGUUCCAUCUCACCGGAUGCACCAGCUCUGGACAGGUUCUGAAGCAACUGGAAGUGCAACUGGUGGUAAGCGACGAUACGUAGCUACCGAUUCUGUCCAAUAGAAGAGGCACAACAGAAGGAAAGUGCAAACUCUACCGAGACAACUAUAGUUACAAUGAGCAAGGUGUGUGUUGCAGUCUCUGUACUUCACGCGUGUUGAGCCUUGGCGAAUUGGCUGGGACAACAUUGACAAAGAGUGAUUGCAAUGCCUAAAAGGUGGUGGGCACACACAGGGGGUGUGAGGGGAGGGGGGCUCAAUGUAGAAUGUGUGUGUGUGUGCAAAAUGGGUCUAAAAAACUGGUAUUGCUGACGAAGCAUCUGUGUCGUUUUCCAGUACCUCAUUUAGGGUGUGCUACUUGCAAGGUUGUCAGCCUCACAGGCCAACAAGCCUCUGCCUUGAGGGAGAGCCAGCUGCCUUUCAACUGACACAAAAGAAACAGCGGCAUUGUUUGUUUGUUUUCUUUCCUUCAUAAAGCACAGCACCAUGUGACACUUGCCAGGCGGCGACAAGCGCGUGGACACUUAGGUGAAAGAGAUGGGAAACAAAAACUCGUAAUAUACACAAUAUGUACAAGGAAUUAUAAAUAACAAUGGGCGAUGGUGACAGAAAUUAUCUGGAGGGUGGCAAGUAAGUGGCGUGACCAUAAUGAGGGGACAAUCGUGCCUCCCUCCCAUCCCUUCUCUGGCAAAUUACUGAGAACAGAAGAAUAGUACAAACAACAACAAGCACCAGGACUUCCUUAAAAAGCAGAAGAGCAAGUGCUGCAAAUGAGUACUAGUGCAUGGCAUGGCUUCUCUAAAGCAGUCCAAGACCAGCAGGGAUGACUUAAGUGUCCCAGGCUUUCCUUCUUUUUUCCGUGGCUUGGUCCCGCUGCCGUGACUCCAUGGCAGACGGUCACGGUAUAGGCCUGCCGCGCAUACCUAUCGUGGGAGUAGCAGUGCCGCAAGUGCAACCGCUUGUCUGGAAUGCAGUGGUAAGGGAGUGGGCGUGUGUGCUCCUGGUGCGAGGAGGUUUAACGACACUGGUGGCAUGGACGUCUCUUCUUUGUGCCCCACGAUGCAGGGGGGGGGGAGCGGGGGGCAAAGUGUUUUGAUUUUGAGGGCAGAGCACGGGGAAGUGCAUCAGCUUCCGGCUAGUGCUGGACUGGCCAUUUUGACUUGUCAAACUGGUGGUUUUUCCUAGUUGCCUAUGAUCACUCGUGUUCUGAAAAAAAAAAAAGGAAA